AACCAGCACUUCAAAACUGUUUUAAAUUUGACUAAAGAUACAGAUCUAGCAUUUAAUGGUAACUUAGGUGGAUGAAUCCCUAAUCCCACCUAAUACUAAUGGUUCAGUAGGGCAGAUUCAGUCUGCUUGGAAUGAAUAUACUUAUACCCACAUCUACCUCAAGAAGAUUUAACAGUUGGUGACAUUUGUGUCUCUAAUUUUAUAGAUAAAUGUGGUGUGGACAUGGAUGGCGCGAGACACGAGCAGGCAGUCGCGAUGUUGACCAGCCUGGAGCGGUACAUGCGGCUAGUGUGUGAGCGGGAGGUGGUGGUGCCCAGGGGGUGCCCCCGACCUUCCCCCAGCCCCUGUACUCAACAGCUUCGGCAAGCCAGCGUACACCAGCCCCUACCUGCCUGGCAGCACAGCCGAACGAUAAAAAAAAAAAACCAGAUCAACAAUUUGCCAAACGGCAUAGAGUUCCCCGAGGCUCCGACGACCCUUGGUAAAGUGACGGAAACUAUCACGAAAAGUACCCUGACGGAAACGGUUGUGACGAGGGUGACAGACAAUCAGCUGGUGGCACCUGUCAUUAUUGAGGUGAGUUCAAGUGUAGAGCAGAACCAACACAUUGUCUGCCUCAGUCUUCUGUUUCGACUAUUGCAUGGAAACCACUAAAAUGAAUUUUAAUACUAAUUUUAAUCAUUUGUGAACAAUUAUCUAUCAGUUGUUUGAAUCAACUGUUUAGAGAC